AAAAAUCAAAAGCGUCUCUAAGGGGUCGAAACAUGUCUAAAAAAUCCAAGCACGCACGCGAGAGAGAACAUAGUUUUUGAAUGUUAUCUUCUUCUUCCUUUCCUUGUUUCUCUACUUGUUUACAAUUCAAUACAGCUGGUGUUUGGGCACUGUUGUUCUCAUGGAGAUCAAUAACUGGAAAAUCAGUCGGUUUGGAGUUCUAAUCUUGUUUUUGGUAUAUCAAAACUUGAUUCUCUGCUUUUCGCUUAAUGAUGAAGGUAUGGCGUUGUUGAAGUUGAGAGAGGGAAUUGUGAGUGAUCCAUACGGUGCGUUGAAGAGCUGGAAAAUGGAUUUUGGAGUGAUUAAUCCCUGUUCCUGGUUCGGUGUUGAGUGCUCUUAUGAUGGCAAAGUUGUAGUUUUGAACUUGAAAGAUCUUUGUCUUGAAGGAACACUGGCACCUGAAAUCGCAAACCUUGUCCACAUAAAGUCUAUUAUUUUACGCAACAACUCAUUUUCGGGGAUCAUCCCCGAAGGGGUUGGAGAGCUGAAGGAGUUGGAAGUGCUAGAUUUUGGGUACAAUAACUUCAGUGGGCCCCUUCCACCUGAUCUUGGCAGUAAUCCCUCCCUGGCAAUCCUUCUGCUGGACAACAAUGAGCGACUCAGAAGCUUAUCAUCUGAAAUUCAACAUCUGGAGACGCUUUCUGAAUUUCAAGUAGACGAGAACGAGUUAUCUAAUGCAGCUAAAGGUUCAUCCCGCAACAAAAGAUCCAUUACAUGGAAUCUUGUGCGUAUAGAAAAUGCAGUUCACAGACGACAGCUGAAAAAUAAUAAAAAUAACAAAGAUGUGACUUCUCCUCGUCCUUCUAGGACAUCCCCCUCACCAUCUCCAAAAGAGUCAACUGCACCAUCUACAAGUGAUCCAUCUGCACCACCUUCCAUUUCAGCUCCAGCUCGAUCUGACUCAAGUGCUCCCAGAAUAUCAUCUGAAUCUUUCCAAUCUAAAAAAAGUGCAAUCAUAGCUGGAGCUAUAGGGGGCACCCUAGUUAUUCUCAUUUCAAUCCUCAGUAUAUAUAUCUGCAAAACCAACAAGGCUUCUGUCAAACCUUGGGCCACAGGAUUGAGUGGACAGCUUCAGAAAGCAUUUGUAACUGGUGUGCCAAAGCUUAAGAGAUCUGAGCUUGAAGCGGGCUGUGAAGAUUUUAGUAAUGUAAUCGGUUCUUCACCAAUUGGCACACUAUACAAAGGGACGUUAUCUAGUGGAGUUGAAAUAGCUGUGCUAGCUGUGGCAUCUGUUGCAAUAACAUCUGCCAAGGAUUGGUCGAAGAAUCUAGAAGUUCAGUUUAGACAGAAGAUCGAGACAUUAUCAAAAGUGAACCACAAGAAUUUUGUUAACCUUAUUGGGUACUGUGAGGAGGAGGAGCCUUUCACAAGAAUGAUGGUAUUUGAAUAUGCGCCGAAUGGGACACUCUUCGAGCAUUUACACAUUAAAGAAUCUGAACACUUGGACUGGGGGAUGCGGCUGAGAAUCGCAAUGGGCAUGGCUUACUGCCUUGAGCAUAUGCACCAGCUGAAUCCACCAAUAGCUCACAGCAACCUGACCUCUUCGGUGAUCUCUCUAACUGAGGACUAUGCAUCCAAAAUCUCAGACUUCACCUUCUCAAAUGACAUAAUUGCAAAUGAGAUGGAACUAUCUGGCAAGAAGCUCCCAGAUGUGCCUUUGGCACUCCCAGAAAGUAAUGUUUACAAUUUUGGUGUCUUGUUAUUUGAAAUGGUUACUGGUAGGCUACCAUACUCGGUGGACAAUGUCUCACUUGAAGACUGGGCAUCAGACUAUUUGAGAGGGUACCAACCCCUCAGGGAAAAGGUGGAUCCAACUCUGGACUCGUUCGAAGAGGAAAAGCUGGAGAGAAUUGGUGAAGUAAUAAAAUCUUGUGUGCACCCGGAUCCAAAACAAAGACCAACAAUGAGAGAAGUUACUGGAGGGUUAAGAGAGAUAACUACAUUAACACCAGAUGCAGCAAUCCCAAAACUUUCUCCUCUGUGGUGGGCAGAGCUUGAAAUUUUGUCCACAGAAGCCAGCUAAAAUAUGAUCGGACUGGAAGUAUGAGCUCAAUUUCUCAUUUUUUAUAGUUAUAGAGGCACAAAACCAGUUGCCUGUAGGUUUUUCCCCACUUUUACCUAUCAUAGGUAAGGGAGAUCAGCUACUUGUAUAUACCCGAGUUGGUGCGCCUCUCUCUCCCUGUUCUAUACAUAUAUAUGUAAUUUCUUUCCUUUUUAGGUUGGAAAUUGGCUGGGAAAUGAGCCAUAGAAGCACAACCACACGGAAAUUAGUUAAUAUUCCAUUUGUUCUUUA